UUCUAUGAUGCAGGCAGUUGCAUGGGGUCUGAGAGAGAAUAUGAAACACCUUGUUGUGCCUUCUAUCCUUGUGGUCUUCUUCCUAACUCCAUCUCUGGCCCUGAUGAACAUCAGUGACAGCCAUCCUCUGGAUGGAUCUGUUGGGUCCCAGAGCAUCCAUGUCAAUGCCUUCCGAGGUACCGUCAGCAUCCAAGAUGACAAUGUUUUGAGUGAAUGGGAUGGAGUCUUGGACUACAAGCAUGCCCUCUUGGUGGCUAAGCUGUUUAGCAAGAUGGCUUGUAUCUUGGCCAAGAUGGACCAAGCUGCCUUCCCAACUUUGGAUGACAUUAGCAAGGCCCUGGACCACCAGGCUGCAGAGCAUUACCCGUCCACUCGCGGCCUGACCUACACUGUGGUACCCAGCCGGGUCAAGAACUUAGCCCAGUACGGAAUUCCCAUCAAGGACAUGUGCCGAGAGGUCCCCACCUACUUUGCCCAGCAGCAAAAAGAAGGUACUGCCCUGGCAGUGGACCCUGAUUCCUGUUUUGAAGUCCAGCUUCUGUCCUUUAUGGGGCUCUCCAUCUGUGGUGAGAUUCCUGGGCUCUGA